CAUUUUUUAGAGGUACAUACAAUGAUUAAAAGUUGGUUGAAAUGGAGAAAGGCGAAGAAAGUGGUUGCGGAGGAUGAAACUUACGCAGUCUCCCAAAAGGAUACUAAACGUGAUUACCAUCUCAACGCCACAGCAGCAUAUCAUACAGCUACUCGACCGAGAGUGCAUCGUGGUCCACGUUCAUGUCCCAGUAAUCUAAGCUUUAAUCAGUAUGAUGCCUGCAGUCAUGUUCUGGAUCGCUCGUUGUAUCCGGAUAUAAUUAUUCCCGGUGAAAUGAUACAUCGACGUCGUCGACAACAGCAGCGUUUCCGACGUGUUAAUGCAUCUACAUCAGAGUACGGCAGUGGUGAUCCAUCACCAACAACUUUACACAACACAUACAAUCGUAAUUUGGACGAUUCAGAUUCAGGUUCAGAUUCUUGGACUGAGGAAUAUGAACGAGCACAACACAUUAGGGAGUUAGAGUGUAGACUUCGGGAACAGAGAAAAAAGAUAAAAGACUACAAAGGAAGGUUACGAGCUGAAAGAGAUUUGAGGAUUGUUAACGAAAGGAGUAUGAUGGAAGAAGUGGAAAAAUACAAAUGUGAAUUAAAGAAGGAACAACGAGACAGAAAAGCAAUCGAACAACGAUAUAUCGAUAUCAUUGCUUAUAUGAAAACUAAACUUUCGCUUCUGGAACAACAGCCACCGAUGGGACAGCGAUGUCCACCGUCAUCACUACCACUUCUCGGUGAUUCAACCAUCAAUCAGCAAAAUAAUGCGACACAGCUCGGAGGUACUGGUGAAUUGCUAUAUCCUUUAAACGUGAAUACUCCGCCGUCAAUUUUACGGAGAAUCAAUUUCGAGCAAGAGUUAGAUGAAACGAAAAAUUUCCGAGCUGAAGAGAUAUAUGGUGACUUGGAAACUGCUCGAAGUAGUGAAAAUACUACGACGACAUGUACAGAGCAAUCUGAUCGGAACCGCAGAUCAACAACACUGUUAAAAGAACAUGACUCCGAUAAUGAUGAUAAUGGCUAUGUGACCACAUUUGAAUACCCUGCAAAAAAUACACAAAAGAACGAAGAAAAUUCUCGUAGGACUAAUGGUCUAUUGCGCACCUCAUUAUGA